GGAAGAAUGAAGUAUCUUCUGUGCAGAAAGACUGAUUCUCAGAAAACUCUUUGACUUCUCAGAAGGAUGAAUUACCUACGAAGACGCCUCUCUGACAGCAGUUUUGUCGCAAACUUGCCGAAUGGUUAUAUGAUGGACCUGCAGCGUCCCGAUAGUUCGUCUAGCUCACCAGUGUCCCCAGCCACUGAGCGCCGUCCGCCACCUGCUCCCUCAACAGGCUCCACCAUCCUCAGUUCCAUCUCCAAUGCUGUGAAACAGACAACAGCAACGGCUGCAGGAUUGGUGGAACAAACAGGAGCUGCACCCACACCUGGACCCACAGCUCCCAUCGUACGGAAACCAAAGAUCCUAUUGGUUAUUGAUGACCCACACACUGACUGGUCCAAAUAUUUCCGUGGUAAGAAGGUCCUGGAUGAAUAUGAGAUCCGUUUAGAACAGGCAGAGUUCUCCGAAUUAAAUCUGGCCGCGUACGUGAAUGGAGGAUGUAUGGUUGACAUGCAGCUGAUCCGGAAUGGAACUAAAGUUGUCAGGUCAUUCAAACCAGACUUUGUUGUUAUUCGCCAGCAUGUGUAUAACAUGGCUCAUGGUGAGGACUACCGUAAUCUCAUCAUUGGCUUCCAGUAUGGCAGAGUGCCUUCACUGAAUUCUCUUCAAUCCAUCUAUAAUUUCUGCAAUAAGCCUUGGAUGUUUUCACAGCUGAUAAAGAUCUCCCAAACCCUGACUCCAGCCAAGUUCCCACUCAUUGACCAGACAUUCUUCCCCAACCACAGAGAAAUGCUAACAAUUCCCAAAUUUCCCGUGGUUGUGAAGAUGGGACAUGCUCACGCAGGCAUGGGUAAGGUAAAAGUUGAAAAUCAUUAUGAUUUUCAGGAUAUCGCCAGUGUUGUGGCCCUUGCAAAAACUUAUGCAACCACUGAACCUUACAUUGACUCCAAGUAUGACAUCAGAAUUCAGAAGAUCGGAAAUAAUUAUAAAGCUUACAUGAGGACUUCAAUUUCAGGGAACUGGAAAGCAAAUACUGGCUCUGCCAUGCUGGAACAAGUGGCCAUGACGGAACGCUAUCGAAUGUGGGUGGAUGCCUGUUCGGAGAUGUUUGGUGGCCUGGACAUCUGUGCAGUAAAAGCUGUACAUGGGAAAGAUGGGAAAGAUUAUAUCAUUGAGGUAAUGGACAGUGCUAUGCCAUUGAUUGGAGAAUACAUUGAGGAAGACAGGCAAUUAAUAGCAGAUUUGGUCAUCGAGAGAAUGAACCAACUUCUGUCAGGAAACCCUGCAGCAUCACAGCAAAGAGUUGGAAUGACACUGAGCCAGGUCCAGCCUCAGUCAACAAAAACACAAGCGCAUCCUGUGCCAGGAGCCACUUCCCAGUGGGGCCAGCCAGGCCAAGCCCGUCCAGCACCUCAAGGAAGCCCACGACAACCCCAAAGUCCUCAGAUUCAGCGUUCCAACACAGUGCCUCAUCAAAGGCCUUCUCCACCAGGCCAGCAACCCCAGAGUCCUCAGUCCAGCACAAAUCAGCAAGAGAAAUCUCCAGGUUCAGGUUCUCCAAAACAGGUCAAAUCUGCAGGCACCUCUCCUAACCAAUCUUACAAGCCUGGAGCUUUCUCUGCACAGCCAUCGAGGCCUCCAGCACCAGGCCAAGCCCUCUCACAACCAAGGUCUGGGGGAGGAAACCUACAGCAACAGAGCACAGCACCACAGCCACUGCUCAACAAAUCACAAUCGUUGACAAACAGUUUCAGUAUUACUGAAUCCCCUCAGCGUACCGGCACUAAUGAAGAUGAAGCAAAAGCAGAAACAAUUCGUAACCUAAGGAAGUCCUUUGCCAGCCUCUUUUCUGAUUAACUCUUUACAG